CAAACCGACAAGAACAAGCCGAGUCACAGACGCUAUCAUGGUUAGCCGUUUUGAGCACCCUGCUGGAGGCUAUAAGAAAAUCUUUGAGACUGUGGAGGAGCUAAACGAACCUCUUCCAGCAACCGUCACUGGCCGCAUCCCCUCGUUUAUUAAAGGCAGUCUGCUCCGACUGGGCCCCGGUUUGUUUGAGGCCGGAUCGGAGCCCUUCUACCAUCUUUUCGAUGGCCAGGCCCUCAUGCACAAGUUUGAUUUCAGCAAUGGACAGGUCACGUAUUUCCGCAAGUUUGUCAAAACAGAUGCUUACGUUCGUGCUAUGACAGAGAAACGUGUUGUAAUUACUGAGUUUGGAACCUGUGCUUAUCCAGAUCCCUGCAAGAACAUCUUCUCCAGGUUCUUUACGUAUUUCAAAGGCGUUGAGGUGACCGACAACUGCCUGGUAAAUGUUUACCCUAUUGGAGAGGAUUUUUAUGCUGUCACGGAGACUAAUUUUAUCACUAAAGUCAAUGUGGAAACCUUGGAAACCUUGAAAAAGGUCGACAUGUGUGACUAUGUGAACAUAAAUGGAGUAACGGCUCAUCCGCACAUCGAGAAAGACGGUACGGUCUACAACAUCGGAAACUGCAUGGGGAAGGGAGCCUCGCUGGCCUACAAUAUCGUCCGAAUCCCACCUAAACAGAAAGACAAAUCAGACCCCAUUGAGAAAUCCAAGGUGGUUGUGCAGUUCCCAAGUGCGGAGAGGUUUAAGCCAUCCUAUGUGCACAGUUUUGGGAUGACAGAAAACUACUUUGUCUUUGUUGAGACGCCUGUUAAAAUCAACCUGCUGAAGUUCCUGAGCGCCUGGAGUAUCCGAGGAUCCAACUAUAUGGACUGCUUUGAAUCCGACGAGGAGAAAGGCACUUGGAUACACAUUGCGAGGAAGCAUCCAGGAGAAUACAUCGACUAUAAAUUCAGAACCGCUGCGAUGGGUCUUUUCCAUCACAUCAACUGCUACGAGGACUCGGGCUUCAUUGUUGUUGACCUGUGUGCCUGGAAAGGCUUUGAAUUUGUCUACAACUACCUGUGGCUGGCAAACCUCCGAGCAAACUGGGAAGAGGUGAAAAGAAAUGCCAUGAUUGCCCCUCAGCCAGAAGUCAGGCGAUACGUGCUUCCUCUGGAUCCCUACAAGGUGUCUUAAUGACGAUUGUGGUGUCGCCUGGAGCCCAGAGACCUACAUUUUGCCUGAUCUUGAAUGCUAAGGACCUGUCUGAGAUUGCAAGAGCAGAAGUUGACAUCAUGUCUCCAGUCAUCUUCCAUGGCAUGUAUAAACCAUAGAACGGCUGGAUCUACUGAACAUAGAGUCCUCCGGUGUUGAUAAAGUUACUGUAUACUAUACACCAUGUUAUUGCACAUUUCUGAUUUUCUUUAAGUUUGUUUUUGCAAGUGGUCUUUGCAAGUGCAUAAUUAUUUUGCCAUCAUAUCCUUGAAAGAAUGAAAAAUUCCUGAUAAUGUACUCACCCUCAGGCCAUUCGAGUUGUAGGUGAUUUUUCUUCUUCUUCAGUAGAAGAGUAAAGAAUAGCUGAAACUGUGAUCCUUGGUGAUUCAUAAAAUGUAAGUCAACGACUACCGUCACUUUGAGAGUCAAAAACAGCAUAUACAGGCAACACAAAAUAUCUGUGGCUCCUGACUAUAUAUAUAGAGGUCUUAUGAAGUGAAACGAUCAGUCUGUGCAACAAUUUGAACAUUAUUUACAACAUUACUACCUGUAAUGAAAAUCCAACUCCAUAUUUAGAUUUGAGAAAAAAAACAAGUAGUUAAAAGUUCAGUGACAGCUAGUGGUGGAAAUGGGUACUGCAGUCCAAGUUCAAAAUAUUGAAGUCGUUUUCCCGCCCUCUCU